AAAAUUACUUCAAUUCCCUGCAAUUGCACUUGCACGGGAGAGGAAACGAAACACGAACACGAUCCACAGGCGGAACUUGAGACAGAACCAACAGAUCCGAGCUUCGAAUGCUGCUCUCCCACUCUCUUCUCCCCUAGAUCUCCUCUGAUCGCAGCGAAAGGUGAGGGCGAGCUGAGGUUGGAUAAAUGGCGGGCGGAGCGGCAGGUGGGUUCGUGACCCGAGCAUUCGAGUCGAUGCUGAAAGAAUGUUCCAGCGCCAAGAAGUAUCCUGACCUCCAGAAGGCCAUCCAGUCAUAUAUAGAUGACAGUAAAGAUGUGAAUCAGAACUCUGGUUGCAGCGAGACAAAGCAAAACACAUCUGCUGCUGGAGAUGGGAGUUCUGCUGAGCCAGAAGGUGGAAGUGCAAAAGAAGGAAUAGAACCAGAUAACUCAAAUGCAGAAGCGCAUAGAACUGAGGGGGUGGAAAACGCUGGUGCACUGGCAGGUGGUAGAGAUAUCGCCACAGCCUUAGCAAGUGCAGGCAACACACUAGAAGGACCUCAAGCAGAGCUUGUUUUGAAUCCACUAAGACUAGCUUUUGAAACAAAGAAUAUGAAAAUUCUGGAUCCCGCUGUUGAUUGUCUUCAUAAACUCAUUGCUUAUGAUCACCUAGAGGGAGAUCCUGGGUUAGAUGCUGGUAAAAAUGUCCCUCUGUUCACCGACAUUCUAAACAUGGUUUGCAAUUGCAUUGAUAAUUCAUCUCCUGAUAGUACCAUUCUACUUGUGCUGAAGGUACUUCUUACUGCUGUAGCAUCAGCCAAAUUUAGAGUGCACGGGGAGUCUUUGCUUGGAGUUAUUCGAGUCUGCUAUAAUAUUGCUCUCAAUAGCAAAAAUCCCAUUAAUCAAGCAACCUCAAAGGCAAUGUUAACUCAGAUCAUUAGUAUCGUUUUCCGAAGGAUGGAGACUGAUCUGGUUAGUGGUCCUUCAGCUUCAGAUGGACAAGCAGAAGUUGCUUCUGAAGAAAAUUUGAAACCAAAAGUGGACGAAACCUCCUCGAGUGAGCAAGAUGAAAAGGGCAUGACGCUAGGUGAUGCCUUAACUCAAGCCAAAGAGACAUCAGUUGCAUCUGUUGAGGAGCUCCACACACUUGCUGGCGGCGCCGACAUUAAGGGUUUAGAGGCAGUUCUCGACAAGGCAGUGAAUACUGAAGAUGGUAAAAAGAUUGCACGAGGGAUUGACUUGGAGAGCAUGAGCAUAGGACAACGUGAUGCUUUGUUGGUAUUCCGCACACUUUGCAAGAUGGGUAUGAAGGAAGAUACCGACGAAAUUACAGUAAAGACUCGUAUACUGUCGCUGGAGCUUCUGCAGGGAUUACUUGAAGGGGUUAGCCAUUCAUUUACCAAGAAUUUUCACUUUAUUGAUUCUGUCAAAGCAUAUCUUUCAUAUGCUUUGCUGCGAGCUUCAGUUUCCCAAUCCCCAGUGAUAUUUCAGUAUGCGGCUGGGAUCUUCUCAGUACUUUUGUUGCGCUUUAGAGAAAGUCUUAAGGGUGAAAUUGGCAUUUUCUUUCCUUUAAUAGUUCUACGAUCGCUUGAUGGCCUUGACUCUCCAACUACCCAGAAAUUAAGUGUCCUUCGGAUGCUUGAAAAAAUUUGCAAGGAUCCCCAGAUGCUUGUUGAUGUCUAUGUGAACUAUGACUGUGAUCUUGAGGCACCAAAUUUGUUCGAGCGCAUGGUUACCUCUCUGUCUAAAAUUGCCCAAGGAACACAGAUUGCAGAUCCCAAUUCUGCUGCAGUUUCCCAGAUUGCUUCUAUUAAAGGUUCAUCUCUUCAGUGCCUAGUGAAUGUGCUUAAAUCAAUGGUUGAUUGGGAGAAGACAUGCCGUGACUCAGAAAGAUCGAGUAAAAGCACUCAACUUACUGGUGAAGAAGAUGUGGUUGGAGAAUCAGUGGAGCUAAAAAGCGGGGAAGAUGCUCCCAGUAACUUUGAGAAGGCUAAGGCUCAUAAAUCUACACUUGAAGCUGCCAUUUCCGAGUUCAACAGGAAAUCGGUGAAGGGUAUAGAGUUCUUGAUAUCGAAUAAGCUGGUUGAAAACUAUCCCGUUUCAGUUGCGCAGUUUCUGAGAAAUACUGCAAGCUUGGACAAGGCUAUGAUUGGUGAUUACCUGGGUCAACAUGAAGAAUUUCCACUUGCUGUUAUGCAUGCGUAUGUAGAUUCAAUGAAGUUUUCAGGAAUGAAGUUUGAUAUUGCAAUCCGUGAAUUCCUCAAGGGAUUCCGACUUCCCGGGGAGGCUCAAAAGAUUGAUCGCAUAAUGGAAAAAUUUGCAGAGAGAUAUUGUGCAGAUAAUCCUGGUCUCUUUGCAAAUGCAGAUACUGCAUAUGUUCUUGCCUAUGCAGUUAUAAUGUUGAACACUGAUGCACACAAUCCAAUGGUUUACCCUAAGAUGUCAAAAUCAGAUUUCAUUCGUAUGAAUGCCAUGAAUGAUAGUGAUGCAAAUGCCCCAACAGAGCUUCUUGAAGAGAUUUAUGAUUCCAUUGUUAAAGAAGAGAUAAAAAUGAAGGAUGAAACGACUGACAUUGGGAAAACUGGGAGAGUAAGGCCAGAAAGUGAGGAAUGGGGUGGACUUGUUAGUAUUCUGAAUUUGGCGCUACCUAAGAGGAAGUCCUCAGUUGAUGCUAAGUCUGAUAGAGAAGCUAUCAUUAAGCAAACACAGGCUAUCUUUCGGAAGCAAGGAGUAAAGAGAGGAGUCUUUUAUACUGCCAAGCAGAUCGAGCUUGUAAGGCCAAUGGUGGAAGCUGUAGGGUGGCCUUUGCUUGCUACUUUCUCAGUUACUAUGGAGGAAGGGGAGAAUAAGCCUAGGGUUGUUCUCUGCAUGGAGGGAUUCAAAGCUGGAAUACACAUCACUCAUAUUCUUGGAAUGGACACUAUGCGCUAUGCUUUUCUAACUUCUCUGGUUAGAUUUACUUUCCUGCAUGCUCCAAAGGACAUGCGUAGCAAGAAUGUGGAAGCAUUGCGAACUCUACUUUCUCUUUGUGAUUCAGACGUAGACUCUCUUCAAGACACAUGGAAUGCAGUCUUGGAAUGUGUCUCUCGACUUGAAUUCAUAACAUCUACUCCAUCUAUUGCUGCAACUGUCAUGCAUGGAUCGAAUCAGAUCUCCAGGGAUGCAGUUCUUCAGUCACUAAGGGAGCUAGCAGGGAAACCUGCUGAUCAAGUGUUUGUGAAUAGUGUUAAGCUGCCCAGUGAUACAGUGGUGGAAUUUUUUAAUGCUCUGUGUGGUGUAUCAGCUGAAGAACUGAAGCAAACUCCUGCUCGUGUCUUCAGCUUGCAAAAACUUGUGGAGAUCAGUUACUACAAUAUGAUGCGCAUUCGGAUGGUUUGGGCCAGAAUAUGGUCAGUCCUGGCAAAUCAUUUUAUUACUGCUGGGAGCCAUCAUGAUGAGAAAAUUGCAAUGUAUGCCAUAGAUUCUCUGAGGCAGCUCGGUAUGAAAUAUUUGGAACGUGCUGAACUGACCAACUUCACCUUCCAAAAUGAUAUACUCAAACCUUUUGUUGUCCUUAUGCGGAAUAGUCCGAGCGAAUCAAUAAGGAGGUUAAUUGUUGAUUGCAUUGUCCAGAUGAUUAAAUCCAAAGUGGGGAAUAUUAAGUCUGGGUGGCGUAGUGUUUUCAUGAUAUUCACUGCUGCUGCAGAUGAUGAAUUGGAGUCCAUAGUGGAAAGUGCGUUUGAAAAUGUAGAACAAGUUAUUUUGGAGCACUUUGAUCUGGUGGUUGGCGACUGUUUUAUGGACUGCGUAAACUGCCUUAUUAGGUUUGCAAAUAACAAGAGUUCUCAUCGAAUAAGCUUGAAGGCUAUUGCUCUUCUACGGAUAUGUGAGGAUCGCUUAGCUGAGGGCCUAAUUCCUGGUGGUGCAUUGAAGCCUAUUGAUGUGGAGGGGGAGGCAAAUUUUGAUGUUACUGAGCACUAUUGGUUCCCUAUGCUCGCGGGUCUGUCUGAUCUGACAACUGACCCACGACCAGAAGUCAGAAGUUGUGCACUGGAAGUUUUGUUUGACCUGCUGAAUGAGAGAGGCAGCAAGUUCUCAACUUCAUUUUGGGAGAGCAUUUUCCACCGAGUUUUGUUCCCCAUUUUCGAUCAUGUGAGGCAUGCGGGAAAGGAAGGUUCAGUCUCUUCUGGAGAUGAGUGGCUUCGUGAGACAAGCACCCAUUCCCUUCAGUUGCUGUGCAAUCUUUUCAAUACUUUCUACAAGGAGGUGUGUUUUAUGUUGCCACCGCUGUUGAGCCUGCUACUGGAUUGCGCUAAAAGACCUGACCAAACAGUAGUUUCAAUUGCUCUGGGUGCACUGGUACAUCUCAUAGAGGUUGGUGGACAUCGAUUCAGUGAGAGAGACUGGGAUACAUUAUUAAAAAGCAUAAGAGAUGCUUCAUACACUACACAGCCGCUGGAGCUGCUCAAUGAAGUAGGCUUCGAGAAAAUGAGGAACCGAACUGCUUCCUCUCGUGGUUUAGAGUUCAGUUUAAACAAUAUGGCAUCUGUUGACCAGGGUGAAGUCCAUCAAUUUGAUGUCGCUGACAAUGGAAAUCAAGAAUUAACACAGACCAUUGACAGUCAGGAAUCAGCUUCUCAAACUAAAGUUGAUGGAUCUGAAGGUCUUCCAUCCCCAUCAGGAAGAGCUCAGAAAUUAGUGGAAGGUGGAGGCCUCCAACGGAGUAAAACAUUAGGUCAACGAAUUAUGGGAAACAUAGAUAAUCUCUUCCUCAGAAAUCUUACCUCUAAACCAAAGGGCCGUCCUUCAGAUGCUUCAGUUCCAUCUUCUCCAGCCAAGGCUUCUGAUGCCGGGGAUCCUGAACCUAAAGAGGAGGAAACUCCAUUGUUGGCAGCCGUCAGAGGAAAGUGCAUCACUCAAUUAUUACUACUUGGUGCCAUUGACAGCAUUCAGAGAAAAUAUUGGGGCAAGUUGAGAGUAUCACAGAAGAUAGCCAUAAUGGACAUAUUGCUGUCCUUGCUAGAAUUUGCAGCAUCAUAUAAUUCGUAUAGCAACCUACGCUUGAGGAUGCGCUUUGCACCUGCUGAAAGGCCACCUUCGAAUCUCCUCUGCCAGGAAUUAGCUGGGACCAGCAUAUAUUUGGACAUCUUACAAAAGACUACUUCAGGAAACACUUCCCUCAGAAAGGAACAGCCAGAAUCUUCAGAGGAUGAUAUUGGGGCUUCCAACGCUGAGGAGGGGAAGCUCUUCAGCAUCGCAGAGGAGAAGCUGGUAACUUUCUGUGAACAGGUCCUGAAGGAUGUUUCUGAUCUCCAGUCUGAUAUUGGGGAGACUACUAAUAUGGAUAUUCAUCGUGUUCUGGAAUUGCGGUCUCCAGUCAUAGUUAAGGUGCUUAAGGGCAUGUCUCUUAUGGAUAACAAAAUCUUCCGAAGACACCUACGAGAGUUCUAUCCCUUGCUUACUAAACUCGUCUGCUGUGACCAGAUGGAUGUCCGCGGAGCCCUUGGCGAUCUUUUCCGGGCACAGUUGAUGGUUCUUUUACCAUCUGUACCAUCAUAGUUCUGUUGCUGUCCUAGUGAGCUGCUCUCUUCAAGGGAUGAUUCUUCGGAAGGGUCACCUCCUUGCAGGACGCACCCAGCGCCUUAUUUUGCUAAGAUUAGUUUGAGCUUUCCCUCGAUAAAGUUGGCUCCUCAGAAGCUGUGGAAAUAGUUGCCUAUCGCAAGUUGGCAGGAGAUUGUGUUUCUAGCCUGAAGAUUGUUAUGCAUUGCUGAUGGUAUUUAACAAUAGUAAAGGGCGGCUGGUGGGAAAUAGACACGAAAUUGGGAGUUUGAUUUUUGUCGAGUGGGCAAAUAUAUUCUGUUGAAUUUGAAAAUAUACAGAACAAUUAUAAGGAAAUGUAUCUCUAUCAUUAUCGUCACGAUGUUGUAUUCUUUGCUCUAAACCCUGAGAUUAGUUGGCUUGUGUAAUGGUAAGAGAGCCCUUUUCCUUC